AUGGUGAAAAAAUUACCGGAAAAGAGUGCGAAACAACCAGUGCGUCAGUCGCAUCGAACUCGCAUUAUAAAUACUCGUUUGAGUACACCACCAAAGAUUCUGCUAGAUAUGCUUAAAGAUCAUUCAUCAUCUGAAAAAUCACUUCCUGCUGUAAUAGACAUGGAAAGGAUAAAAAAUGUCUCACAGAAGACAGCAAGAACUUCAAGUAAGCAAAUUGUCAAGUCAGAAAAUAUUGUUACUCAACUAUCAGAUGCUAGGCCUCAUCGACACAUUCAAAAAAAACGAUAUGCAACACCAUUUGAGGAAAUGAUUGAAUCUGAGCACCUUCCGAAAAACGUUUCAAAUGAAACAUUGGAAGAAACAGCAGCAUGUCCUUCAAAUCAGUCGAGGAAACUUGGUGCUUCCCAAGAUUCAAAAAAUGAAAAAGUACAUGCUUCACGUAAAACUUUGGACAAUACAUCUUUAAAAACUCGACAUUCUUCUCGCAUUCGUAUCCCAAAUUCACGUUUCAGCUAUUUGCUGCCUGGUUUUUUGGAACAGGCGUCCGGCAAUAGAAAAGGAAAAGAUAGCAUGAAAAGAAAUGACGAUAGAAAGACGAACACAUUGUUGAUGCCGGAAGAAGAAAAAGUUGUUGCACACAGUCCAAAAAUAGCGUGUAACAAAUCCAACAUGACAAUUAAACCGCGUCAUUCUGAGCGACAACGUAUUCCGAGCAAACGUCUUAGCUUUCCAGAUGUUUGCUCCGUCAUUCAAACUCAGAAAAAAUCCACUAAAGCAAGACCAAAAGUGGAACAGACGUAUGUUAAAGUUCAGAAGUAUAAGAAUUUCAACAAGAAACAAGCAAGCAUUCUAAAAAACCGAUUAAGCGUAAAAGCUACACCAGCAAACUUAUCUAUGUCAUCCAUCACUAGUAAUCGUCAAGUUCACAGUAGUUUGGAGGUCCCAUCGAUUUUGUAUCCAUAUAGGCCAGCAAGGUGUCAAGCUCUAUGCGUAGAACCAUCUUCAUCAAUGACGAAAGAUUAUGUCAGUAAAAAGGAUAUUGAAGAAUUGCUAACUGAAAUAAAUAAAGCUUUGGCAUGCGUUACCGAUGAAGAUUAUAGCGAAUUGCGUGAGAAGAUUGCCCACCAUCUAAACAGUCUUUAUCGAGAAAACUGUCGUUUUCGUCAAGCUUUACAUCAGUUGAGAUCCGAACUCGAAAGUAUGUCAAAUAACUCAACAAUAAACCGUUAUAAUUUGCUUAUAAAACAAAACGGUGAGUUGCGUGAGCAAAAGGUUCUUGCCGAUAUCAAAUGCGAAGCGCAAAUGGAAGAAGUACGUAAACUGCUAGAAAAAAUCAGAACCUUAGAAGUUCGGAAUAAAGAUUUGGAAAACUUCAGAAAUCGAUUGAUAGAACAAAAAAAGCAGCAACAUUUGAAUGGUAAAAGAAAGAAUUCUCACACUGAUUUCAUCAAUGAUUUGUCGAAGACGGAAACGCAGGAUCCAAUGGAUGCUGAAUUAGAUUCAUUGAUUUUGAAUGAAAUUGAUGGUAAAAUUGUGAAGUCCAAUGACAAUGAAGUAGGAUGGGGUAAUGAUUCAUGGAUGUUACAUUGCUAA